CAGGAUACUAUAGAGACGAAGAGGAGUGUAUCGUCAAUUCGCCUGUGGAUUUAUGCUGUUUUUAGGCUACCCCAUAACCAACUUUGGUAAAGGCUACUAGGCUGUUUGUUAUUGUAGUACCCUGAAGACUUUAAUAACGGCAGAAUGCAGCAGCCAACGGCACAACAACCACCACCACAAACAACAACAGAUGUCCUGGACCCCACAGCUCAGUAUAUGAAGCGUCGGAGGACAGCGUUAUGGGUGACCAUCUCCCUGUUGUCUCUGUCUGUGGUGGUUCUGGUGGUGGGACUGGUCUCUGCCACCCGUACCGGGAACGUGGCUGUCGCUGGAUACUACCCUGGCAUCACCCUGAGUUUCGGAGCGUUCUUAGGGAUCGUUGGAAUUAAUUUGCUAGAGAAUCGAAGACCCAUGCUCAUGGCAGCCAUCAUCUUCAUCAGUAUGGGAGUCAUCGCUUCCUUCUUCUGUGCCAUCGUGGACGGAAUCAUCGCGGCUGAGUUCAUAGACAGUAGGCCUCUGCUGGAGGACAGGUGUGAGUUCUACGCCAGUGGAUCAGGGUACGCCUACGACAACUAUUAUACUGAGGUGAUGUGCAGCUCAUUCAACAGUGAGUGUAAAGUGAGAAUGAAGAGCAACACCUGCUACUGCUGUGACCUGUACAACUGUGAGAGUCCAGACUACCAUACCCAUUACUAUGAGUUCACGGGGGUGAGUAGCUGCUGGGAUGUGGUCCAUCUCCAUCGUCUGCUGUGGGCCUGUGUGGUGCUCAACAUAAUGGGCCUGUUCCUGGGAAUCAUCACAGCUGCUAUACUGGGGGCUUACAAGGACCUGGCUCCCGCCCCCAGAUGUCCCCCAGUCCCGCCCCACCCCCCCACAUCAUGUAUAACCCCACCCAGCACGUGGUGACCUACGCUGGCUUCUGCCCCAACGGACAGGCCCUGCCCGCCUACCCCAACUACCCCGCUUUGCC